AUGUCAGCGUCUGUUCUCAUCUCUGCUGCUCAGGGGAUCCUGAAUCCCUUGAUUCCACUAGCAACUGAACAGAUCAAACUGGCUUGGGGUUUCAAGGAUGACCUUCAAAGGCUUGAAGACAGGUUGAAAUUGACACAAGCUCUGUUAUGUGAUGCUGAGAACCACCGAGGACGAGUAAAUCUAAAAACAAUGCAAGUUUGGCUGAAGAAACUCAACUCUGUUGUGUGCAGUGCUGAUGACGUGCUGGAUGAACUUGCCUUUGAAGUCCUUCGACGAAAGUUAGAGGUACAAAACCGAUUCAUGAGGAACAACAAGGUAUGCAAGUUCUUCUUCUUCUGCCUCUCAAAUCCACUGCCAUUUCGUUUCAAGAUGGCUAAUAAGGUCAAGAAUAUCAAUUUGUUAUUAGACAAUCUUAAGAAAGAUGCAGAAGGCAUCGGUCUUAGACCAGCUGAUCAGAUCUUAAAUGCUAGUACUAGUGUUGAACCUAGAGAAGUCAAUUUCAGGCUGACUAUCCCCUUUGUAGAUGAUAAACAAGUUGUGGGAAGGGAUGGUGAUGUGUCAACAGUGAUAGACAUGAUGCUUGGCUCUGACAACACUGUAGAUGAUUUACCUGUCAUUGCCAUUGUAGGAAUGGGUGGGGCGGGUAAGACAACCCUUGCUCAACUAGUUUACAAACAUGAUGAGGUGGUGAAGACUUUUGGUGAGCAGAGAAUGUGGAUUUGUGUCUCUGAUGAUUUCAAAGUUGAAGGGCUAUUGAAUGAGAUGGUUGAGUGUCUCACUGGGAAUAAGUGUGAAACACAAAAUGUUCAAGGAAUAGUGAAAAAGCUUGGAGAAAAACUAAAUGGAAAAAAGUAUUUGCUCGUGCUAGACGAUGUGUGGAAUGAAAAUCAAGACAAAUGGGUGCGCAUGAGAGAUUCUUUGCUAGGGAUAGGUGGUUCCAAGGGAAGUAAAAUUAUGGCUACAACCCGUAGUAUGGAUGUGGUAUCAACCAUGAGGACGUCUCCCUCUCUCACUCAUCAUUUGAACCAACUAUCAGAAAAUGAUAGUUGGACCAUGUUUAGGAAAAGAGCAUUUGCUAAUGGAGGACCAACAGAGACUCAGAAGUUGGUGGACAUUGGUGGAAAAAUGGUGAAAAAGUGUAAGGGUGUGCCAUUGGCAAUAAAGACACUAGGAGGUUUAAUGUAA